CACGACACGAACAGCCCACAAAGAGAAGCCUCACAAGGUUGCUGGGAGGAGCCGCUGCUCAGCCUGUGUAUGCAAACGACAGCACACAGGCAUACACACACACACACGUGCGCCUCUCUAUGUAUCCUCUUACCAGUCUGAAGUAUCGCAUGGCGUUGAGGGUCUGCCGAUUGGCGUCACCCACAGCCUCACUGAAGCCGUCCACAGCCUGAUACCAACACACACACACACACACAGAGAGACACACACAUGGACACCCAUGGCCGGGUAUCAGGCCUGCCCCCACUUGGACAUCACACCCUGUUGAGCUGUUCUCUUGCGGCCUUGUAGUCGCCGGCGUGCAGGAAGAGCAGCCCCAGGGUGCAUCUUGCCUCGGCGGUGGGCGCGGUCAUGUCGCCGAAUCGCUUGCCGCGGUGCUCGCUGAUGUGCCGCAAGAUCUCGGCCGCCUCCUCCAUCUCAACCUCACUCACCAGAGCGUCGCUCUCUGCACACAACAAACACACACUCCGGCUGUGGGCUGGGCUCCUUCCCUGUCUGUCUGUCUCUAUGUCUGUGUUGCCGACUUACCGGGUCUCUCCGCGCCCCUCUCCCCUCUGUCUUCUUCGCCCUUUCCCCUCAGCAUUAUCUUCUCGACGUCGUCGCCCGUCUCCCUCUCCAGCUCCUCGACUAUGUCCCUCUCUACCGCAGCUGCAGCACCCUGGGUGUGGUCCUCCUGGGUGGGCGAGGGGGCGGGGGCAGGGAGUGCCUUGUUCAGCCACUUGUUGUAGAUCUGCAGCACCUUGUUGUAUAAGGCGUGUGCACGGUCCAGCUGAAAGAGAGACAGAGAUGAGGCAGGGAGGGGGGGAUACAGGAGGGGUGCGUGUUGGUGCCUCUCCCCACUUGUUGGUGUGACUGGAAGACCCGCGCCAUGUGGAAGUAGGAUGGCGCAGUGCGGACGGACUGCGGCCCGAACUCACAAGCGGAGUAGUAGAUAUCGCUCGCGAACGCCUCCAGGGACUCGUUGUACCGCUGCUGAGCUGCAUACAGCCGCCCGAAGUUCCGCUGCAGAUUGCUCAUCAGAGCAGGCCCCGCCUCUGGGUGCUUGACCAGGCUCCAGUUGGCGAGAGAGAGGAACUCUUCGGCAACCUUCAACCGACGCAGACCUGCCCACCAACACACAGACACACACACACACAUCCGUGCAGACGCAUUGUGCCUUCCUUGAUUCUUAUCACCAAGAUUGGCUUCGGCGAGGAGGAGGUACGAAGGCACCAGUUCCAGGGCCUCGCUGCCGUAGGUCGCGAUGGCCAGCUUGAGGGAGUGGAGGGCCCCCGGCACGGCGAGCUGAUAGUUGCCCUGCACCAGGAACUUCUGCGCCGUCUCCGUGCACAAGUCCAAGACCUCUUUCUGAACACACACACGAAGCACGACACAUGACAACACAGGAUGCGAACGAACUUGAUGGCUUCGUUCUUCGUUCUCACUCUGAUUGCUCUGAGUUCCUUCUCCCUCUUUUGUCUUUCCUCCUCCGAGCCAAUCAUCUUGGGUUUGCUCCGCAGCAAAGUCAGGUCCUGACCGAUGAGGUGCAAGAUGCCCCGCCAAUCCUGCUCGAAAUGCUCCGGAGUGCUGCACACAUAGCAACAAGGGGGCACAAUGGCGUCCAUCAAGGCCUUCCCGGUGUCCCACUGUCCCGGUGCGUGUGUGUUACCAGUAGUAGGUUGGCACAUCCUUGCACUGGAGCGAUGCGGGUCUGCCGCAGAGUUCGCAUUCCAAGCGGAUGGUCUCGCCCUUUGGACGGGCCAGCAGGUUCACCGGAAUGGCUGACAUUUCCCCGUCUUCGGCGGAACGGCCCC